AUGGGAGUCUUAUGGGUUCUUUUAUUACUGUUGUUACAAGGAACAAUUUGUUCCACCAGACAAGAAAAGCUAACAAAUCUUCUUGCAAAGUUUCAAGAGACUGCUCCUCCACAACCACAACCACUCUCCACGGCCCCUUCAAACUCACAGGACAAGAAGAUAGGGAGAGUGAUAUAUCCAAUUGGGUAUGGAGCAGACGCAAGUGGUGCAAAUGAGAGCAGUGAUGCCAUAUUGAAUGCUGUCAAUGAUGCAUUUGAAGUGCAAAAAGGGCUUGACUUGCUUCCUGGUGUUAAUGAUUUGGGCGGCGUUGUGAUUGACUUUCAAGGUGGAAACUAUAAGAUCAGCAAGCCCAUCAGGUUCCCUGCUUCUGGUGGUGCCAAUGUUGUGGUAAAAUCAGGGACAUUGCGCGCUUCAAACACAUUUCCUGGCGACCGGCAUCUAAUUGAACUAUGGUCACCAAAUUCUAAUCCAGUACCACAAAAAUCCACAGUCCAUCUUGAUCAAAAGCAGAAUGGAGGUGUUGGUAUCUACUAUGAGGACAUUACAUUCCGCGACAUCCUCUUCGAUUCAAGCUUCCGCGGUGGUGGCAUUUUCAUUAUCGAUUCAGCGAGAAUCCGCAUAAACAACUGCUUCUUCAUUCACUUCUCAACUGAUGGAAUUUUAGUCCACAAAGGCCAUGAGACCUUCAUAUCAAAUUGCUUCCUAGGGCAACAUCCAACCGUUGGGGGAGAUCCUGGCGAACGAGACUUCACAGGCACAGCCAUUGAUCUUGCUAGCAACGAUAACGCAAUCACUGAUGUUGCUAUAUUUUCUGCAGCCAUUGGAGUCCUAUUGAGAGGUCAAGCUAAUAUAGUCACAGGGGUACAUUGUUACAACAAGGCAACAUAUUUUGGUGGCGUAGGAAUUCUGGUCAGACAAGGUGCAGCAUUGACUAGGUUAGACAAUUGUUACUUAGACUACAAUGCUGUAGUCAUGGAAGACCCAGUUCAAGUUCAUGUCACUAAUGGGUUUUUCUUAGGAGAUGGAAAUGUAGUGUUGAAGUCAAUUGGUGGGAAAAUUUCAGGAGUAAAUGUAGUGAAUUGUAUGUUCAGUGGGAACCCUAACAACAAGGUUCCAAUAGUAAGCAUUGAUGGGAGAUUUAGCAAAAUUGAUCAAGUAGUGAUUGACAAUAACAAUGUUAAUGGUAUGAGCUUGAAAUCAACGGUGGGGAGACUAUCGGUGGCCGGAAAUGGGAAGAAGUGGGUGGCUGAUUUUUCACCGGUGUUACUGUUCCCCGAUCGGAUUAAACAUUUUCAGCACUCAUAUCUGGUUCAAGGGACUCCUGCUGGUUCUGCUGUUCUUGUAGCAACUAGUGUUUCAAAUAAUACUGUGGUUGUGGAGAGUAAUACAGUAGUUAAUGCAGUGGUUUCUGUAGUUGUUGAUCAAUACAACAUGGUAGGAGAGUAA